AUGGGCCCAAAGGCAGCGAACUAUCAAGAACAGGUAAAAACGCUAGUGGACAACCUCCGGAAGCAGCGAACUUGGUCUCAAGUCAUGAUGGCAAUCACCAAUCACACGGACAAUGACACUGGCGACCCAUUUGCAGGUUAUGUCAAUGGGAAGUACAUCUCCGCUCUGGUGGACAAUUUCCUUGAGAUCAUUCUCGAUCCAUGGAAACCUUUGAUCAAUUAA